CCGGCGGCUCUCGCAGGAUGUCGAUGUCUCGCGUGGCGCGCCCUUCGGGAGGUGUCCAAGUAUUCCCGUGCCUCGUAUACGCGCGCCACGAUUGAUCGCGCUCCGUUCUCCCAAGCUCGACUUUCGAGAUAUUCUCCCUUUUCUUUUUUCUUUUUAUAUUAUCCUGUUCCCUUUCCUUUCCGCACGAUUCGCCGAAACAAGUUUCGCACCCCCAUUUCCCGGAGUAUCUUAAGAAAAAAGAGAUUCCGGCGAGAGAUAGACAGAAAAGAAACGAGAAAAGCGAAGAAUCCGGUCCACGCGCGCGUUUCUUUCGGCUCUCACCCCCGAGACAGAGCGAGCCGCAGGAAGCUCACAGGAAAGCGCACGGGGGAGCUCGUGUGGCACCCCCGAGCGUUGAGCGGCUCUUCAGGUACGCGUGUGUGUAAGGAACGCGUUGGUGCGUGUGUUUACAACCUGUGGGUGGUGCGGCGGUGGUGGCGGCGGCAGCAGAGCGGCGGCGUUAGGCACCGAUUACGGGAUAUGGAUUCGCGGUGGACCCGGGUGGAGGCGGAAGGCGGUAGAUGAUGGGUACGCGACCGAGCCCGGCGAGAGAAGCCGCCGAAUGAAAGUGAAAACGGGGAACUGCACAGUGCGUACUGCGAUGUGUGAGAGAGAGGAGAUGCGUCGCCCCCGGAAGAACGACGACGUAGGGUGCGGGAAGACGAACGGAAGGCGACGGAUGCCUUGAGCUCUCCUCAGUAAGUGCGUUCCCUUCGUUUCCGUUGACUUUCUAUGAGAGCAAGGCGCGCGAGAUGCGCGGAAGUCGCGAUUUUCGGCGUUGGAGGGAAAAAGUAAUAGACUGACGCAUAUAUUGCCAGCCGAUUGUGUAUUGAAAUUGGCAUGCUAUGUUGAAUCAACCACAAGGGUGAUUUGCUAUUUAUUAUAUACAUGGCAUUCUUGAAUUAUGUAUGAUGUUUUGCAUUAUGUAUAGUAAAACACGGCGGUGUAAGAUCGAUCGCACGACGAAUAGUCUAUUCUCGAAAUACGUGACCGAAAUCUGCAAGAAUAUUUUUGAUAUGCAAUCUAUUCUUAUUUAGGGCAAAAAUAUUUUUCCUACAUAAAACGAUUGUGGAAGGGUUUUUGCGAGAAUUAAAUUCUGAAUAAAUAAUGAAACUUUAUCAGUGAUUUAAAUAAAAACGGAAGCUUAUAAUUCGCGAUUUAUCUCGUGUAAAUCAAAAUGCAAUUUUGUUGGGAGGAAGGGGGUAGCUCCAUAAAUAACUUGCGAAUAUUAAGUUGCUGCAUUUUUUUCCUUGUUGAUAUUACUCUUGGCCUAUCAUUUGCGAACGUUUAUUUUUCAUCCUGUUGCGUGUUUUAUUGCGUGCAUCUAAAAACGAGACGUAUAGUUUAGAUAAAACGUCGGAACGCGCGACAUCGUCGGUGCAAAAAGGCAAUGAACUGCUUUCGAGCAUGAACGCGAACUGGAAAUACGCUGCCUUUCCACGCACGCGACGGAAGCAACGGAAAAUCGUUGCUGCAGAAUUCUGGGAAAGCAACAACUGUACUACUGUACCAAAGAAACGAUACUAUUAAUACUACGAGAUAUAGAAUCUUCAUAUCGAUUCUCGCAAACACAAUCCUUCCACCUUCGUGCAUCAAUAUUGUUAUAGUCGCUCUUUCUCAUCGUGUUCUACUUAUUAUACUACACUUAUGAGACUAGUAAAUUAUACCAUCGCGUAUUAAAUCUGUAAUCAUGUUUUCCUGCAUUUUCUUUGGCUAAUUCAUCAAGCUUUAUCAAGAUUACGUUCAAUGCCGUCAGUCUUUUUAUUAAUUGUACUUUAAUUUUGUUAGGUAUAAUAUAUGUGGUCAAUGACCUUAAUUUUUAUUAUAUUCAAGGAUGUAAUUACUGAUCAAUUAUGUAGGUAAUUUAAUCCGCGACCAGUAUUACUCUGCAUGUUACAUUGUACCCACAAAACUGUUUGCUACUGUGUGAUACAAAAUGUUGCAUCUGACCCCACUUUGUUUCUGUUCAGUAUUUCCCUGACGCGCGCAGGGAGUCAUUUUGAUGGAGAAAUAUUUGAUGCCACGUAUACGAGCCAUAAAACGUUCGAAGAACGGGAGGGUCCGUCGUGGAACGGUGUUAGGGGCGAUCCCAAACGGGAAGAAUGUUCAUUGCCGUUAGAGCUCCUGUGUCCUGGCGAGAAAGCGUUUUAGUGUCUCCGCACUGGAUCACUCAUAGAACGACAAAUGUUCUUUAAAGGCUACAAACCCGGCAGAUUGUGUGCGAAAGGGCCCACCCUCUUUAGAAUUCCCCGUCCGUAGAGGAGAGAGGAGCUUGUCGAAGAGACAAAGACGAGGGGGGUUGGCGUGCGAGAGGGGCGAAAGGAACGAGGAGAGGCGCGAGGGAGAGUCGGGACUCCUUCUAGAGGGUAGGUGCGGUUGAGCCCCCAAGGGGUGAAAAAGCGAGAGGAAGAUAAGGAGAUAGGGAAGAUGGGAGAGAGCUCGCCAGAUCUCAGCCUCCGGCUACGCCAGGGCAGUUCCGACUCCAGAGAUUCCUUCUACAUGGACUUCGCUCAGGGUAUCGAUUCCGAUAUCGAAGAAGUGACACGACCAGGCGAUAAUAAUUCCGAUCCCAUGCUGGAAAAUCAUCUGGAGGAGAACGGGAACGACUUUCCGCCAAUUGAGGACAUUACAACGAUCCCCGAGGAAGCUUCUGAAGAAUUAAGGGAAGAAGAGGAAGCGGCCGCAUUAGAGGCUGCGCUUCGAACGUCAGACUGUGGUACGAUUAGCACGGAAAUCGAAAAACCGUCAACUGCGACGCUCACGCAGGAUUGGCCAGGAUUGCCGGUCGCGUUGCCGUCACCAGCCUCUCCAUCUGCCGUAAUCGUCUCGCCGGAAACGCUGUCUAGACACAGCAGCAGCUCACCCUCUCGUGUUCAUCGGCCACCCCAGUUCGCAUUGGCCCUGCCAUGCUCCUCGCAGCCGAUUCCGGCGGUCUGCUAUCCGGCGCCGACCUUCCUUGAGGUCACCGAUGAGCGGAAGUGGAAGAACCUUGGCUGCGACGCCCUGGCGACCACUUUGAGCGCGCUGUACGGGAAACUCCUGGUCGUGAUGGGGAUCGCCUUUCCCAUGGCGGAAGUAAUAUCCACGUACAUACCGCCGUCGUUCUACGAGGCUUUCUACCUCUACCUCUACUUCGGCAGCAUGAUCUUCCUCGUGUACAUGUACGCCAUGCUCUUCAGGGACGGCAAGACGAAGCCAAAGAAGCAGAAGGACGUAUGCGACCUGGACUCGUCGAGAUCGUCGAGCGGCGCCGGCGGCGACAGUGACACUCCUGAGACCGGAUGCCCGCACGUGAAUCCGGUACGUCCGGUGCAACACUACGGCAGCUUCUAUCUGCGAAUGGGCGCCGUGGCGUUCGGUAUCGGCUCGAUGAUCUAUUCCGGCCUGGAAUUCGGCCAGUACUUUGAGUUGGAACAGAACACCAAGUGUCACAAUAUUAUGCUGGCGCUCACACCCGCCACGAGAAUGGCCUUCAUUUUCAUCCAGAUGUACUUCAUAUUUCUGAACAACGAGCAAAUGAAGGUUUAUCGCCAUCGCGUCGUCGCGCGUUUCGGACUAAUGCACAUGAUCGGCACGAAUCUGUCAGUCUGGCUGAACGUUCUCGUGCAGGAAACGAAACACGAGAUCCUCACCUUCUACAAUCCAGAAAUCAACUCCCUCAGGAUCUCUCACCGACUAGGUCCGAAAGGAGGACUCCACCUCGGUGGUACCACUCAUUCUCAUCACGGUGAACACGUGCGGCUUCCGCGCGGUCUCAAAGGGCCCCAUCACAUGUUCGAGUGCAGGCGGACGAAUAUAAUGGGAUCCCUGGUUCAAGAUGCCAGCCCUUUCCUCUUCCCGUGCACGAUAGAGUACAGCUUGAUUUGCGCGGCCAUCUUAUACGUCAUGUGGAAGAACAUAUCGAAAGUUGGAUUCAUACAACCCAUGACGCCGCCGCGUCAUCACACUCACGCCUAUAGGAAGUCGCCGCAUCAUUACAGCGUCGACUGCGCCCGCGCGCAUAAGGGCCUCUUCGUGGGUAUCCUGAUUCUGGUACUGACCAUAAUCUCCCUGAUCCUAUUCUUCGUGCUCAUUUCGCGACCGGAGCUGGUCAGUCUCGCGGUGACCGAGGUGAACGUCUGCGAGUUGACGCUCUAUGGGAUGUCCACCCUGGCGACGCUGAUCGGCAUGUUCCAGAUGCGCAAGUUGCGCUACGACGGUGGCCGAAACCUAGAACUCGACAACAUCCUCUUGGUGGCUGCGCAGACUGGCAUGUUCAUCUACUCCAUGUUCACCAUCAUCGGCAGCCACUUUACCCUACAGAAGCAUACGAUCCUCGUGCUGGUCACCGCUCUGGCCAGCGUCGUCCAGACCACCUGCCAGACCAUUUUCAUCCUGGACGCGUCGAGGCGCUCGGUCGCCACCGCUGAGCAGAUACGUCGGAAGCCAGGCAGGGAGAUCGUGACGUUCCUGCUGGUGACGAAUCUGGCCAUGUGGGCGAUCAACACACUGGAGAAGUCCCGGGCAGAGUCUCAUCCAGUGCAGCUGCACUUCUAUGGCCUGUGGGCGUGGACAAUCAUCACUCACGUCUCAAUGCCGUUGGCGAUUUUCUACAGGUUCCACAGCACCGUGUGCCUGUGCGAGGUGUGGAAGCGGGCCUACAAGGUCAAGCCGACCUACAUGUGACGCAAGGGGUCCCACGAGAUCGUGUGGAAGACGGGGCCACCGCAGCGGCCCAAGAGUCAGCAGUCGAGACUGGACGCCAUCGCCGAGAACGAUCCGGCGUAUUUCAUAUGAUCGAGGAAAUACCGAGCCGCGUAAGAUCGUCGAGGCGUAUGACGUAAGGCGUAACAACAUGCCGUCUUUAAAAAGACCGGACAGAGGGAGGAUCUGUCGGGGCGGCGAUAAGGAGUAGGCAUCGAUAAUCUUUAGGUGGACAGAACUUUUCUGGACGCUCGAACGCGAUCGGCGCGAUACGGCACGUACACGACGGUCCAUAUGCACGUGAUUUGUAUCGACUCCAGGGUAUCUCGAAAAGCUAAUAAAAGGUAUUAUAGAAAUAGAUCCAAAAACUCGUCUGGAUAUUACAUACGUAGUUCGAUCGAUUAGAGGAGAAUGUGUGUAUCAGCAGAAAGGUGCUCAUACAGGCUAAUUGUCCCAUGAUCUCUCUCAGUAGAUUUAGUUCGUCAUUUAUCGAAAGUGAAUGUCUUUAGCUAGUCAUGUACAAAUUCCGUCGCUGUAGAUAUUGGCGAAUUCUAUAGAAUUUACACGAUGCCACUGUGCACAAGUCUGUCACUUGCUAAAAAGAAUCAUCCGCUCGACGGGAAUCAUCGUAAAACAAUCACGUGGGGAGAAACGAUUUUGGCGAGAAGCAGAUUAUCAUCGAAGAUACGUACUUUGAGACCCUUUUAUUAAAUGGAAGAAUAUAUUGUAAAUUCUUUCCUCAUAUCUGGAGAUAUUUGAAUAUAUUUCCUCAAUUUAAUGAAUCGAAAGAGAAGUUCCGGUGAAGAAAAAACCGUGAUUGAUCACAAUCUUCGUAGAUUUAUUAUAAAUUAUCGCUCGCUCAAAAAGGUCCAAAUGUAUGAUUCUCUUACAAUCACACGACAAAAUAUUUCACUCGUUAGAAGUAGAAAGGACUAGAUUUUUCUUAGGGCAAAUCUGGUCGAUGUAACUGACUACAGUUCUUCGACCGUGCGGGAACAAUGAAUCUUCGUUCGAUAAAUAUCUCUAUCUACUCCGAAUUCCGAAGGAAUUAAGAAAGUUGAGGCCUCCUCUCUCAAAAGACUGAGAUCGUCAAGAGAACGAUCGGGACAGCGAAGCAUAAAUCCUGAUCUACUUCGAACCGAGUCCUCUAGAUAUUAAAAAAAAAAUGAAGAAACUCUAUCGUUCGGUGCUCGCACUUGAACAUUCUCACGGACAUCCGUCUUCCACGUAGUACAAACUGCAGCUUAAACAACAAUCGUCGCGUCCAUGCAGAUGGUUCGAGAAAUAGCAGUGAGGGAAAUAGAUUAUGAGUAUGUUUAAUAGAGUAAGAGACGAUAUUUUAGUACAGUGGUAUUAUUUUCGGAUUUUCGUGGUGAACAAAAUUAAUUAACAAAGCAAUUGUACAGAUCUUAAGUCAUCAAAUCGAUGAGAAAUAAGCAUAGCGUAGUUAGAAAUAAUUUGAUGCAAAGAACGGCCCGUUUCUCUCAAUUCUCUAUUUAACAAACUCAACAUCGACGCCGAACGUUUCGCGAACCUAUAUUUUUGAGCGCCUUGCAUGCUGUCCAUGUAAUACGACCACGUAGCUGUUACAUGUUCUAAAAUGGAGAACGCAGAUCAGAGAACUUUAGUCCUUUUGUAGUUGAAAAUACGUAUUGCAUGAGAAAGAUAUAAUUUUACACUUAUUGUAGAAACCGACUCAGACGUACAGACGAAAAUGAUUAUUAGCGCCGCUGUUAAGAUUAUAACUUAUAGUGCACGAGUAUUUUAUUGUUGAAUUUGUAUCAUCAAGAGAAACUUACUUUACGUCGGGUUCAGAAAAGUGAUCGGACAAGCGAAUCGAUGAUCGAUUCGUCGCAAACUCAUGUAAUUUUCGAAGCUAGAUGCAGAGCGACAGGGACGGAAAGAACUAAGACGUUCAAAUACAGUACAAUGGCUGAUCAUAUCAUUAAGCCUUAAAUCCGUCGAGAAGAGUGCUGUCCGAACUUCGAUAAGAGACAAGGGGAUCAAGAUCGAUCGAUCGCGACCGAGCGCGAUCUCGAAAACUGAAGCGACCUACUCGUGUUUCUUUCAUGCUCAACUGCACAGAUGUGAUUACAAGAUCACAGAUGCGAAAGAGGAUGAGUGAACGAAGAACGAACGAGCGAAUCAAUGCGUGAUUAUGUACGGGUACGAAUGUGAGUGUAAGUAUGAGUAUGAGUGUGCGUUCGUACAUGGAACGAUAGGAAACACAGAGAGAAAGGUGGGAAAGUCGGGAUUUAAUGUAGGCGCAUUUAUGGGUAAUACAUGUUUCGUGCUAGAAGCUUUGAUACCGAUUAUCGCCGUUGCGAAUUAUAGUUAUCCGGUCGGUGCAGUCGAUUUUUUGUAAGAUAUAGUUUCUCUAAGACGGCUGUAAAUAAACGAAGAGGGGAAUAUACAAUAAAGCGAAUUCUCUCGGUGUUUAGCGCUAGCGUUGUGUCGACAUGUUUCUUCCUAUAGCAUAUAUAUAUAUUGAAUAUAUAUAUAUAUACACAUAUUUAUAUAUACAAGAUACAAAUAUAUUUAUUAUUACGUUGUUCUAUUAUAAUAUUUAUUAUAACAUGACAUAGGAUUUACUACGCGACAUGUGUUACGUUUAUUGAGAGAUAUGAGGAUUUGUGCCGAGAUUUCAUGCUUCUUCUCUUUCCUUCACUUGUUCGCUCCUUUAUCUAUAUCUAUAUCCUAAUCAGAGCGAUUAAACUAUUGCAACAGAUACAAACACAUAAAAAUGCUAAGCAAGAUAAUACGAAAUAAUAUGUAUAUAGAAAUACUAUAGUUAUGUACGUGGUGAACACGGACCUUAAAGGAUAAUGUUACAGCUAAAUGAUAAUUCAAAUUAAAUUGUUGCAGCUUAAAUUGUUUAAACAGUGACCACUCUGGACGCCAAUAUCGCAAAAUCGCAAGAUCAAGCUCUUGUAGGAUGUUUCUCCUUUCUGAUUAGAUUUCUCUUACGUACAUCGUUGACGCGUUUGCACAAUCUCGGCACAAAUCUUCUCCGUAAAAAGAUAAAAUCAGGGCGAAACCACGAAGGACGCAAUUCGCAUCUGCGAGUGAUAUAAGAGAAAAGCGAGGGGGGAAAGGCACGGGGGAGUUCUCUUUGCGAUAUCACGUCUCGAAACUGUACUUUUUCUAUGUCCGCAUAAUCUAGUUCCUACGCAAUGUUUGUACUCUUAUACCCUUUGUACUAUUUGUACCUUACGAAUUGCAAUACACUCGUCCGCAAUAAAAAGAA